GUAAACUGUGGACAAACAAGUUUAGUUGAGUUCAUUGGCAUUAAAAUAAUCUCUAAACUCCCCCCAGAAAUAUUCAGCACCCCAGCAUGAAUAAUUUGAAAAAUCAAUGUACCUCCAGUUGAAUAAAAAUACGUGUUGAAUAAUCGUGAUGUCGUUAGGAAGUGCAUUUUCUUCGGGGCAUAAGGUUGUGCCCUGUUGUCUUGAGUCUUUCAGUCCAGGAGUUGCCCUCGACAGUGAGGGAUGCCGGGAACCGGCCUAAACCUGUCCCCAAUCCUCCAUCGAAAAAUUCACCCGUGCAUUCCUACCUGAAGUCUUACUCAGCAUAUUCAUUUAUCGCGUAAAUAAAUCCAUCAAUUACUUCAGUAUGAAAAUAACAUAGUACCAACAAUGAAAUUUUUUCAUUUGCCCAGCGUGAAUGUGUAACCUUGACAGUCAGGUAAUUACCCGGAAAAUCACCGAAAGUGCCUCAAAGUACUCCGCCCAUCUUCAAUUAAUUCCUCCAAAAUGCGGGCAACUGCAUUUUUUAUAAAUAAACAAGUGAAUUUAUCACUUCUUGAUCGUUUCGAGUCGUUGGAUCAAUGAUAAUAAAAGUGAAUUCCGGGGAAUAUGGAGAGAAUACGUGGGAAACGACGAACGGACGAUAAACACAGUAGUUUUGAUGGAGAUGGAAAUAAGAGAGUUGAAAGUGGCUCAGUCAUUGCGUUACCAUUGGAUGAUGUCAGGAAAAAUUCACCGAUUAAUAUAUUAAAGAGAAGCAUACGCCGUGCUUGGACGAUCAAUGGACCACCCUGUCGAUGGACUAUUUCCAGAAAGUCUCCAGCUUUCAGAAUAUACCGGAGUUUUCCAUUGAGCAGAAAUAAUCGCACGAGUGGGAACAGUAAAACAGAAAACGCCGAGUCCUUGAAGAAUGAAAUUGAGCGUAAAGUGUUUUCCCUUAAAACAGAUUCAUUAAACUUGCGAAAUAAAUCGAAUGAUGCAAACGAACACGAUAAUCCUCAAGCUCAUGGGGCUUUAACGAAACCGACAGCGAAGCAUUUUCAGAAAUGCGUUUCUGAAUCUAAAUCUUCACCGAAAUAUGGCGAGAGAAAAUCGAAUAUACCGAUUUAUAGAAGAAAUUCAAGGGAGUUUGAGGAUAUUGGUGGUUCAAGGGAAUCACCAAGACGUUCACUCAUUCCUCAGAGAUAUCGAGGGAGCACUGACGAUCUGAGGAGAUAUAGAGAGGAAGGGAAUGUCCCCAGUCUCAUUCCCAAACUCUCACAGAAAUCAAAGGACGAGAAGAUCUUCAAGAGGGAAAAAUUUGAGGCGAAAUCCAGUUCGAAUAUUAAGAGGGAUAUUAAAGAGAAGGAGGAAUCUCGUUUGAAAUAUUCUCCUACCAAUUUCCGUAGGAUUCCCAGGAGCGAAGAGAAUUUAUUUCUGUUCAAAACACAAGCAGAAACUAAGAUUGAACAUCCGGAGAAUCACAAAGAAGAAGGUUUAGAGGAAAUAAAUUCUCAAAACGAUCUCGUACUAGAGACAACGGUUGAGAAAACAAGUUUCGAAUCUUUAGCUAUGGCAAAUGAGAAGAUGAUAAUAGAUGAGUGCCAUGGUAUUAAGAGUCCUGCAAAUGACGAAAAAAAUGUCUGCGGUGAUUCUUCGGAGGAUAGAGACUCCGGAGACGGUGAAAAAUCUGUUGAUGUGAUGGAUACGUCCAAUACUUCCACUGCUAGUGAUAUCGAAACUCCAGAAAUCAAUUUAGAGGACAUAAAAAAUCUGCCUGAUCCUCAUCAGAGUAAAAAAAGUGAAGAAAUUCAAGUGAUCCGCAGAAAGUAUUCGAAGGAAGAGCUCUCCAACACUGACGACACAGAUGAUGCGCCAAAUCGUCGCUCAUCGAGCCAUCUGUCACCGGAAGCCAGCCCCCUCAGUACUCGUUCAUCCAGGUACAGUCCACGUGAAAGCGAGAGUGAACCAACGCCUGCAUUACCGCGAAAAACUCAGAGUGGUGAGUCAUCUAUAUCAUCGCAGAGAAUACGAGACGCUAUUACGAGAACAAGAAGAGAGUCUAAUAGUAGUACGCGGUAUGAGAGCAGUGGUAGUGAGAGUUUAAGAUUGAGUGAAUCCGGAUUACACGGUUACGUGAAUAUCGCUCACAAGGUCAGAUUAUUCGGCAGCAGUCACUGUUGUCCAGGUGUAUCAAUUGACGAGCCAAUUCAAAGAGACAGUGCAACAAGUGCGGGGGAAGACGAGCCUCAAGACGACUGCCUCUCCCGUGAUCCUGCCAGACUGACUGGCGCAUCCACCCAGGGUAGAACAAUACUCCGUAGACGCCGACAAUUCGAUGCUCAAGGCUCCCGUAGACGAGGGAGAUCACACGCUAGAACAUGCUGCAGUGAGGAUUUCUCGAGUCUCCAGGCAGGACGUCAAUGCAGUCCCACUCAGGGACACAUCCAGACUCAUGAACCAAAUCCUCUGACACCGGAUUAUCGACGUUUGGUGUUCAUAAGUUCGGACUCGUCAUCGGGAAGGGAAGAGGAUGACGCGGACAGCAGUUGCUCAGGGUCUUCUUACUUGAAUGGUUUGCCAAGGGGUCAUGCACAAGGACUUGAGGAUUGCGAUUGGGAUUACUUUGAGAGUGGUACUUUACCGAUUCCAACGGGUUUGAGUGAUGGUAUUAAUCUUGAUGGAAUUGCUAACAUCAGUGGAAGCACCAGGGGAAUCAUUAGAGACUGGAGUUGCUGUCCUGGGAGAGGAGCUGCUGCUUGUUCGGCUUGUGGAGGCUCUACCAGUGCAAACGUUUUACCUGUCCCAGUACCCAUCCCCGUACCCGUCCCCUAUCCAGUGCCCAUUCCAGCUGCCCUCUGGAACGGUGAUUUUGCAGCAGCUGCUUCAUCAAUGAUCACCGGAAGUGGAACACCGGAGGGCACUUUGCGCCUUCGCGGUGACCCCACAGCCCCAUGGUUUUCCUGGCAUCCAAGAUUUAAUCAUCCUCUUGAUGGAACUGUUCAGAGAGGCUCGAGAAUUCCCAGCGGGGGUUUUGACCCCUCCAUCUUCACCUUCAGGCCUGAUGGCUUGUCACUAGGACAAUUUGAAAACAUUAAAGUCCAGGGGAGCUUGACAGAAGCUACAGCCUCCAAGGAACCAAAACCCGAGGAGAAAUUCAAGCCAGAUGAAGAGGAAAAGGCUCCAGAGGUCCAGAGUCCUCUCAAUAAUCAGAGUAAUGUCGAUUUAUUCCAGCCAGAAGCCCCUUCGAAAAAUGUACCCGAGAAAGAACAAGAAUCUCAUGUUGAGGAAAAUGCAGAGCCGGAUAAGGAAACCAGAAGAAAUUAUUGUUCUUCGCAGGACGAUGCGGGGAGUUCCUCAGGGAGAUCCUCGGCGGACAGCAGUGAUCUCGAUGAAUCAGCCUCUCAUCAUUUCUCUCGUGUAUUCGUAGUGAAUAACGAUUCGUUGACAAGCGACAAUGACAUGGAGGAGAUUGACGAUAACGAUGAAUCGGAAAAUCAAGAUGGAGAAGCUGGAAUUACACUGAAGCGAGUGAUUGCAUUGUCGGAUGAAGAGCAGUCACUGGUGCUCCGUAGGAUAAGUCUCUUCGAUAAAGAUUUGAAUUUUGAGAAGACUUCAGGAGAUUCAGAUACUUCAGGUGAAUGGAUGGCGUCCAGAGAUGCGGAUCGGGACAAUCAAAACGAAUCUAAAAAUGAUGGCUCGAGUGAAAUAUAUCUUGCGGAUUCAAUCGAUUAUUCCGAUAACAAUCACGUACAGUUGAGAUCGAUCAGAAAUAUAAACUCAGAGUUUCUCGAUUCUCCUGUCUAUCCUCUGAACAAUAAUCCGAGAUAUCCAAGUGAUAAUUCGAGUUUAAUUAAACCAGAAGACCUACCGGAAGAGAAAUCCUGGGAUUCUACAGUCAUGCCAGACUCUCUAGAGAUCACAAACACCAGUUUAAUUCAUUCGCAUGGCAGCCUUGUUACAGCCAGCACAAUUCCGAUAACUCGCGAUAAUGUAUCGCCUACCAUCUGUGAAUCCCAAAAGCUAGAAAUUUUUCAAAAUGAAAAAAGUAAAUUAAAUUCCAACACAGCCACAACUAAAACGAACGAACCGAGUGAAUUCACUGACGAGUUACAUGACCACCAAGUUAUGAGUCGUGUUAAACCACCAGAACGUUUCGUGAAGAGACUGUUAAACAAAGGUGUGUUGACGUCAAAAAAUGGUAGUGCCAAAACCCCUGAUGAGAUUGCCCACAGGUCGUCGACAAUUUCACAAACAAGUAAUCGAGUGUGCGAUGACGACGAGUGUGCGUCAGGUGAUCAUGCGGAUAUUAAAAUACCGGAGAGCUAUUCCGCAGAGAAACUUAACGCGAGUGACGAGUUGGAGGUAAUUGACAUGAAUGUAUGGAGUUUAAAUGAUGAGUUGAGAGAUAUGGAAUUAAAUUUGUCGUGCGGUGAAUCAAAAAUGCGUCAGUGUAAUGUUGAGGUGAGAGGCGAGAAAACCGAUGGUGUACAGGUGGGAGAUAGCGAGGACGUUGAUUGUGAAUGUAGUGGUAAUAAUAGUGGGGAAAGAGCUGUGGGUAAGUCACGGUAUCGUUCAGUCGAGCGACGCCCGCCCACUUGUAAAGAGAAUGGAGAAUUUUCACCUACAUCAUUUACAUCUUGUGUACAAUCACCCUCUGUUAAGAAUAAUUUCGUUGCUUGCAAUAAGUACAAGAGUCUCGUUAUGAUAACGCAGGGUAGUUAUCAGCCAGUUAGUGUUAUAACGAGUGAUACAACAACACUUUUGGAGCCAGAUGAUACGCAAACGCCACAGGGAUUGGCCGGUUACUACCAUCUGGCGUUGGAGGCUGUCACUGAGCCAAGGAAUGGCCAAGGACCUCGACGCCCCUUAAUGGUUAAACGACUGAGCUCUAGUAAUCAGGAGCUGGAAAUUGACAGUGGAUUGAGUGUUGGUAGUGCAAGUGAGAGCGACGAUGUGCAAUCCAUUAAGAAACCAUUGAGUUUUAGUGGUAAAAGUUGUAAUGAUGAUAAAGAGAAAACGGUAAAUGUCGAUGGUAAGGAGAUUGAUAAUUCCAGUGGUGUUGUUAUUCUUGAGGAGGGACUUGCUGAUGAUGACUCGUGGGUUGAGGAAGUGUCACACGAUGAGGAUGAACAGAGUGCUGCUGCCACUGAGGAAAGCUCCGAGGAUGAGUGCAAUAAUAUGGGUGACAGGGAGGAGGAACUCCGGGGAUAUCAUCGACAGGCCAUUGACUUCACACUUCACACGAUUGUUGAGGAAUCGUGCGAGGAGAGUGAAGCUGAACCCAGCUUGAGUUCAAAUUUGCGUAAACGACAGAGACCACCUUCAACAUCGGAAUUGGAGAAGUAUUUUUUCUUUGGACUUGGUGGUGACAUCAAUUCCGGGAAUAGCAAUUCAGGAUCAAGAGAAGUGGAUAGUCUAUCGGAGACGUCGUCAAUUUAUUCGGAAGGUCUUGAGUCACUCGGGCAGGAUGAUGUUAAAGAGAAGGGUGAUUUUUCUAAUUCAUCAAGACUGGAGAAAUAUUUUCUCUCGGAGUUUCUUGAAUUUGAUCAGGAUAGAAGGGAUUCCGAUGGGUCAGUGGGGAGUGAUUCGGAGGGUCGACCGAGUCCUGAGGCGCAGAGGAGAAAACGAUUGGUAAGAGCAAGGGGCACUGGAAGAUCCCACAGUUCAUCGCUGGAUAAUCUAUUGGCUCUAGCUCAGAGCUCCCAGAACUUGACAUCCCAGAAUUCACUUCAAGAUUUGAGUAUGAAUCAGGAUUGCCAGGAGACGCAGUCAGAGGGAUCAUCGACCGAGACUGAUGGAGUCGAGGAUGGCCAGACAGCGGUCUUUGGAACAGAUGGCCAAUUCGACACUGUGAAACGAAAGAAGAAGAAGCCGAGGACUCUGGGAACCCAAAGUCCACGAGUCACUGAGGACAGGAGUAAUAAAAGUCCUGAGCCACGUGACUCGUCAUUCGGUAAAUCUUGCGAAACCAUCACUAACGAUAUGGAGCAGAUGAUAAAUUCGGAUGAUGAGAGAUCGAAGACUCCUCAGCCGGAGCUCAACAGUUUUCCAUGCUCAUCCACCUCCACAUCGCCAUCGUCCUCGAGUCCAGACAGUGAGUCGAAUUUUGGAGAUAGUCGAGGCAAGCAGCAGUCAAGAGACUCUGGAUUUGUUGGUAGCUGUGAUGACCUGUUGCAGCAUCGAAAAUCCCCGACAGAUCCCAAGCUCGAUGGAUCCAAGGAUCACGCCACUAGCCAAACGAAAAAACACUCAGAAACAAAAUCCGGUCUGUCUCAAGCACAAAAUGGCUUACCACCUACCGCCAAUCCAUCAUUAUCACGAAAGGACAGCUUCAACAACUGGUCAAGUGACGAGGAGACAAAUCUAAUGAUGUCAAAAAUGCGACAAUUCUUCAAGACAAUGGUAGCCAAUUCAAACGGUCAGUCAACUCUGACAACUCCAGCGACCAACUCAAGUGGUCCAUCACCUGUACCAAGUCCCAGAUUAUCAGGCUUCACAACAACAAAGUCUCGAAUGUGUCCUCAGAAUCGAACCAAGCCCCCACAACUCGUCUACUUCGAGAAUGAAUUAACGAGACUCAUGAAAACAGUUCCCGGAAUCAGAGAUGAACAAGUAAGAGAAAUAGUCGAGUACCUGAGCUCCGAGGACACUUGGUCGGACUCUUACGACAGCUCCGACUACACGAGUUCGGAUUUAGAAGGUGCUGGUGGUCGAAGGUCAGCCCUCCAGGAGCAGAUAUCCCAGAGUUGCCAGCAGAUUAUUUCAAAAUUCGACAUGAACUCGGACGUUCCUGAGAAAGAAAAGGAAAUCUCUGAGAAUCCUGUGAAGCCCCAGUCAUCAGUGGGUCGAGACACUGCCUUCGUCUACCAGAAGCUCGUCCAAAGUUUUACAAAGAUGACAGGUGAAGGUGUGUCUUCGGAUGCAUCUUCAACUCCUCACAGUAGUCCACCCCUGAUUGCCAAGGUGAUGCAUCAUAUUGGCUCGAGACUUGUUGCCCUGAUGCAUGAGGUUUCCGAGGGUACAUCGACAGUCCAACACCACACAAAUUGGCGAAGAUAUUCACAACAUCAUAGAACUCCCUCUUCAGCGUCAACCACUGAGGAUGACGAAUCGACGUCUGACUCAACAGCCCCGAGUCACUUUCAACUGCCAAGAUCAAAGUCCCACGAUCCUCUGCUGCUGAUAAACGGGCAUCCGGCAGCGACUACCGGGCAAGAGGGCGAGGAGAGAGAGGCGAGUGAUUAUGAGAGAUUCUCAUGGCGCGGUAGUUUUGAAUCGGCAUUAAUGGCCGCUGAUUCAAGAACAAAAUUAAGCCUGCUGGCUUGUUCAGGUGAUGUGAAUGCCAGUGCAAGUGCAAGUGCAUUGGCAAUGGCUGCCAAGAGAAGGAGUGCAGGUGAUUUGCUGUUCAAUCCAAAAAGCUUCUCCAGGGAACAACUGGACAGAGUUCGCAGUUGUGGAUCGAUUGGAGGAGGUAAUGGUAUUGGUGUGAGUGUUGGAUCAAUCGAGGAGAAAAUUUGGAGUAAUAGGAGGAGAUCGUCGGUGCCUGAUGCCAAUACGAGGGGUGAGUCUGGGGCGUCUGCCGGUGAUGAUGAUACUGAGGACGAGUUGGAGUACACUGGUGAUCCAAGGGCUACUACGCUACCUAGGGGAAUGCAGGUGACCACCAGUGGAAAUGCUGCCACUAAUUCAUUGCCAAGGUUGCCAGCCUCCACUGCAGCUGGAGGCAAUAAUAUUAUGACUAAUACAUCGAUGCACAAGGCACAGAGUAUGUACCACUUUUUGCCACAACAUACUAAUGUCAAGUCGGCGAGGUAUCGACCCCCUGGGUUUGCGCGCAAUUCAUUGAGCAAUUCGGCUGCUGGUGGUGGAACCGUUGGACCCAAGCGAGCCUUCAGUGCUCCGGGAUUGCAAAUACCCGGGACCCAGAACCCUGGCAAAAGAGAGUCUUCUAGAUCACGUCGACAACAGGCUAUUUCGCUCGCGCCAGACGAUGGAAGUAGUUUGUCUGAAGCGUGUAGCACACCAAUAAUAGGUGCCAGCCCAAGGUCAGCCUCCAGUCGCACAGUCAUGGAUAUUGAUGACACGGAACGUGGAGGUCUACACUCGGCACAUAAUUUGAAUACACGAGCUUCAUUAUCUAGCCUUGGGGCGAGAUCUGACUCGAUGGCAUCAGUGUACAGCGGCGCGGGGGAGGGCAGAUGGUGUGGCUCAGUGGCAGUUCAUGGUGAAGUUGAAUUUUCCCUUCAAUACGACUACAAACAGCUGACGUUUGAGGUUCACGUGAGCCAGUGCAAAGAUCUAGCCCCAGUUGACAUAAAGAGAAAUCGUUCUGAUCCUUACGUAAAAGUCUACCUUCUACCCGAUAAGUCAAAGGGUGGAAAGCGAAAAACGAAAGUGAAAAAACAUACGCUGAAUCCGAUAUUUGAUGAGACACUUAAAUUCCAUAUUGGCUUGAAUGGAUUGGAAACGAGAACCCUCUGGCUAACAGUGUGGCAUUCAGACAUGUUUGGAAGAAAUGAUUUUCUUGGAGAAGUUAGAAUGCCGCUGGAGAAUAAAAUAUUUGAUGAUCCGACGCCAAGGUGGUAUCCACUCCAGGAGAGAACUGAACCGUUUGAUGAUCCCGUCGCCUACAAGGGCGAGGUUAUUGUUGGCCUCAAAUUUGUUCCGCCAGAUCCAGCGCAAUUGCAGGAGAGAGAGAAUAUUGCUUGCGAUAAAAACAUUGUGAAAGGAAAGAAAAAUUGGAGCCGAGGUGCACUCCAUGUGCUCGUUAAAGAGGCUCGUAAUCUUCAGACUCGAGCUAAAAAUUCGGGCACUUGUGAUCCCUUCUGCAAAAGUUAUUUGCUGCCAGACAAAGGCAGAUCUGGAAAACAAAAGACAGGGGUUGUUAGGCGAUCUGGUGGAUCGCCGGUGUGGGGUCAUACUUUUGUUUACAAAGAUGUUAGUAUUCAGGAAUUGGCUGAACGUGGACUGGAAUUAACUGUUUGGGAUCAUGAUCGUAUUGCCAGCAAUGAAUUUUUGGGAGGUGUGAGAUUUAAUCUAGGAACUGGUAAACAUUAUGGAAAAUCAGUGGACUGGAUGGAUGCGACUGGACGAGAACUCUCACUUUGGCAGAGUAUGUUGGAACGUCCGAAUUUUUGGGUCGAAGGAGCAGUGACUCUAAGACCCAACUUACACAAUCAUGGCAAGAGCAAUAUCUCUUGAAUAUUUCAUUCCUUAUUCCCUAGGAUGAGUAAAAUUGGCCAAAAUAUUUCACCUAUCCGUCCCUAUAUCCAGGAAUGUACUCCAAGCUUGAUGAAUAUCAAAUGUGGACGAUUCUUCCCUUUGCAUGAAAUCCUAGUUACGUUUUUUUGUACGAUAUCGAAGGAAAGGGGAAGGUUUUUCCUUCACGUUAUCAAUAUUACAUUUUACAUUCCAUAUUAGCGAUAAUUGAAAUGGUCAAUUUGAGGUAAUGUGAAUACCUCCUAAUUUCAAUGUAUUUGUGUACUUAUAAAUAGAUAAUAUAUUUAUACUCAAUAUGCGUUCCAUAUAAAAAUGAUAUACAUUGAAAACUGUUAUUGAAUCACAAAGAAACUUCGAUUAGAUAUAAACUUAAAAUUCCAUAAAUUGUGAUUGCAAUGCAUGACUUGUAGUGUGAUGUUUUAAUUAGAACAAUUUGCUCCCUUUGAGAGCCGUUAGGAGUUAUUGAAAAUGAAAAAUUUGUAUGUACUUAAGGCAAGACAGGGUUAGUUUGCAAACUACUGCCUAUGCAUAACUACCAAUUCCAGUAAUGAUAAGAAAUUAUACAUUUAUUUGUAAGAAAUCGUUGUGCUAAAAAUUGGACCAAUUAUCUCAGGAUAUUUACAUGCAAAUUUGAUAAAUGGACUUUGUACGUAUGAGCAAUGUAUCAAUUGUUACCAAUCAAUUUUUCUCGUGUGAAAAAAAUACUUUCUGUAUGAAAUUUCAUCAGGUCAAUUAGGCGGAGUAAUCAUUGGAAUGGCCUUGUUGAUAUCUAAUGCAUUUACCAGUGUAACUGGAAUAUGAAUAAAACGAACUUUUAUACCUA